AUGUACAAAGUAGAUUCGAAUCUACUUCGAUCUUGCUGAUCGUAGAUCAUAGUGAUCGUGACCAACCACAUCCUACUCGUUUGCUAGAAGUUGUUGCGAACGGAUUUCACUUUCUUUGUCUGAUCUGACCAGUUUUCCGUUGUAAUUUAGAGACGUAAUAUGGCAUUGUUUUGGGCGAUGAUUCUACAACCGGGGAAUAAAUACUCGCAAUACGUGAAUGAGUCCUUCCGCAUAACUAUGGCAAGUUUGGAUAUCACAUGUGCUAGUGACAAACCGAUACAAGUAAUGAUGGCUUAUGAACAAGCAAGGUUUCUACUUUGUACUUUACACAAGGAUAAACCAUGGCAAGUUCAACUCAACGUUCUUGUGCAAAAGGAAACUGUUGUAACACUUUCAUGCAACGGUGGAAGUUACGUUCAUCUAACUGGACAUUACAGAAUUAACUCGAGAGUACCUCCAUUUAAUCCAAAUUGGAUAACAACUUUAUCUUGGCACAUAUUAAACGAAAAAGUAAAUGAGCUAAAAAAUAAAGGAACUUGUCUAGAAGAACUAAUUGAAUAUUUGAAUAAAUAUACAACAGUAAAAGUCGAGAAAAAAUGGAUAGUUACACCACACAUUAUUAAAAAGAAACAAAUCCAAGAAGAUAGAAUACCUCUUCAAGUUCUAAACUUAAAAAGAAAAAGCUUUAUGGAAAAUAACAACAGAACGGAAGAAACAGUAAAGCGCAUAAGGCCAUUACUUUAUUGCAAUGAAAAUAUUAAUUUUAAUAAUGAUUCUUCUGAGAAUUCUUCUAGGAUUUCUUCUAAGGAGUCUUCUGAGAAUUCUUCUGAGAAUUUUUCUGAGGGUUCUUUUGGGAGUUCUUCUGACGAUUCUUCUAUGGAAAGUAAUGACGAUGACGAUUAUAAAGAAAAUAAACCACCAAUAUAUCAUUUAAGACCAAGAAAUAGACAGAAACAGAAAAGAAGAAAGAAAGAAUCUGAAAAGCGAGAAAUAAAAGAGAAACAGCAGAAGGCUAAAGUUAUCGAGAAAAAAUUGAAGGAAGAUCUUGAUAAAACGAAAAAGAAUAGCAAGCAGCAAGGUGUAAGAAUUAUAAAGGGUGGUGUGAAAGUGCAAGAGUUAAAACCUGGUACCGGCAAAAUCGCGGAAGUGGGUAAUUACGUCACAAUUUAUUAUGUGGCUCAUGUGAAGAUCAGAUGCCAAAUGUUGGAAGAGUUUGAUCGAUUAGAAGGACUUGGCUUGAGAUUUAAACUCGGUACAGGAUUCGUGAUCGAUGGUUUGGAUGUAGGAGUAGUUGGAAUGAAAAUUGAUGAAAAACGUCGUCUUAUAAUACCACCCAAUAUGGCAUACGGAGAGGAAGGUUAUAGAUUCAAAGUUCCACCUAAUUCUACAGUUAUAUAUGAUGUUGAACUUAAGAAAGUCGAAUAA